CCGUUAUAAGGACCGUUACAAAAAUGCAUACAUCACAUUUCUGUUACUGCGCUUGUUCGCAAGAAUCUACGUGAAAAUCUUGCUUUUUUAAAGUCUUCAAGUGACUUAAUGACUUUUUUUCGAAGUAAGAAUAAAAUACUUGAAAUAGUUGCAACUGUGUGCCUUUAAAGCUACUGCCACAUAUAUGGUAUUAACAUAUAUGGAUUUUCGUAGUAAUUAUUAAUGAGGAAUGUUCCAUUCUGCGAAAUGAAACUGCGUCUGCGCAUGAACAAUAUUGACUUUAAUCACAAUCACGAAGACGAACAAAUAAGAUUGCAGGAAUAAUCAAUAAGUUGACAAUUUGAUUCAUUUGGCGUUCUUUGUGGAACUAUAUUGAACGCUGGUCACCAUGGUGCACCAUCAUUCGGACUUGAUGUCACUGAUGUUGCAAGGCUGUGACGAUUACUGGGCUUGGAACAAAAAAGACAAAUCACACGAGGUGAAACUUCUCGGAACAAGACAGCAAACUGCUCAUUUUCAUCCAAAAUGGUCGAACGGUACCGCCGGCGUCCGCGGAACCAGGUGUUUGAACUACGGUACACAUUACUGGGAGGUUAAAGUGUCACAAAGACUGUUCGGGACGAGCCUGAUGUUCGGGGUUGGUACGAAACACGCACGACUACAUGUGGACGCAUUUGUGAACUUGGUCGGUGAGGAUGAUCAAAGUUGGGGUAUUUCUCAUAAAGGGAUUGCGUGGCAUAACGGAAAAGGCCGAAAUUUUACGAAACCGUUCCGUGAGAAUGAAGCAACAACAGUCGGAAUAUUGUUUGACUGGUCAAAAGGAACGUUAUCAUAUUUUCAAGAUGGUGAACCCUUGGGUGUGGCUUUUUCAGGACUAAAUCGUGUGAAUCAAGAACUUUAUCCUAUUGUGUGCUCAACCGCUGCUAAAACGGAAAUGACGCUCGGCCGACGCCGUCGGAUGUACCAUAAUCUUCAGGAUCGCUGCCGGGCAGCCAUUGUGUCAAAACUGAAAGAAGAGAAACAAAUAGACUCUUUACCCUUGCCAAAUAGAAUGAGAUCCUUUUUGAAGGACACUUUACGAUGAUGGAGAAAUAUCUAUUGAACGUACAUCAGUGCUAAUUGAGUUAAAUCAGCAGGGACAAUGUGCAAAUGAUGGAAAGUUGUGCAAUUUAGUUAGUAUUAUUUUGUAAUGAUAACUUUUAUAAUUUGUAAUGAACUUCAUUUUUGUUAUUAACAACAACAACAAAACUGUACAAUUUUUAUUUUGCCUACAGAUGUCUUUCACAAACUUUGAUACUAAUUUCUUUUUGUAUUGAAUUGUUAUGAAUGAUAAUGCGUUUUAAAAAAUGACGAUUCAUCAUUUUUGAAUCAAACAUUUAUUUUAUAUUAUUUUUUUUAUUCUUUGCAGAAUAUGUAAUAUGAUACAGAAAGAUAGAUGUAUAAGUUAUUAUUUUAGGCUAAAAUUGCGACUGUGUUUUUCUGUCAUAUUAUAACAGUGAAAUUCAAACUACGAACAUGCGUAUCAGCUGUGAAUUUUCUUUGUUUCUUUAUGACAAAAAUUCGGAAAAAGCCGUUGCCUAGUAAAUGGAUCGAUACCAAAUUAUUCACUGAUCAGCUGUCAAGCUUCCAUUCUGCGGCAGCCGAUCAAUGACAAAUUGUCGUCUGCUAUUCAGCACGGUAUCGAUUCCACAAAUAGUAAAACACCUGGCAAUAUGUAGCAUUGUCUCCGUUAGAAAUUUGAAUUAUCUUUAAUUAGAUUUCUUUCUAGCAAUAUGAGCUUUUGCAAAAUCAUAUGGGAUUCGGCAAAUUCUUUGUUCAUUUUCAGCUAAAAUAAAUUGAUUUCUGCCAAACAAAAAUAAAAAAUAUAUGACUAAACUUGACAUAUCUUAAUGAUUUUAAAUGUUCGUUGAAAAUUUAAUAAAUAACAAUAAAAUGAUCCUUUUGUUUAUAUAUUUUAUCAUAAAUAUUCAUAUCAACAGAUGUUUCGUAUGUCCUAGUGUUACAAUGUGUAAAUGUAGCUAAUUAACUAAUGUUUUGUGUGUAUGUUUAUAAAUUUGAGUCGUUGCGAGAAAAUGGACGCGUUUUUUUAAUUCGUUUAGAAGUUUUGGCCAUCACAGAAUUUACAAAAUUUAGUGCGAGCUUUUCUCUUUAAAAAAAUUAGUACUUUUUACUUUGAUUUUAUUUUAAUAGCUUGUCAGAUCGCACAAAAUAUAGCAUUCGGUCCUUUAUUUUCACCAUGCAAUAUAGGAAGUGUCUAGGGGUACGGAUCCGUACUUCUAGACACUUUACAGUAUAUAGUGUCUAUUUUGACGCGACGACUCUCGUGUAUAAAUGUUUUAUUUAUUGUAUACAUGUAGUAUAACCGGACAAUAAUAUAAAGUUUAUUAUUCCGUCCGAAGGGAUGAGAUAUCUAGUCAAGAUGUUUUUGUAACAUAUAAAUAUAAGUUAUAACUUGUAAAUAUUUGUACAUAACUAUUUUAUAAAGAACUAUUUGCCAAAUGUUUCAUUCUUACCACAGCAAAGGUGCUUCAUUUUUAUUUAUUUGUUCCAAAAUUGAUCCUUAAUAGCUUUAUCCUCCUGAAAACGCAUUAUAAAUUGAUGUGGUUCUGUCCUAGGACAGUAGACUACUAUUCUUAAUUUAUUGGUUGCAAAUGUCAUAAAAUCAUACCUUUAUAUUAGAAAGAGAAAAAACUGUAUUAUAGUGUAAAUAGAGCAUUUAUGGCUACAAAAGAACCAUAAGAUUUUGACUGUUUUUGUUGUUUAUGAAAUCUGAACAGUUUAAGACAUAUAAGAAAGUUUAAAAAACUACAAACAUAUUAAUUUAGAUUUACCUAAUGAGCACGGGAUUAAGAAAACAGUAUAUAAAACUGCUGUGGUCCAUCUCUCAGGUGAAAAAAAGAUCUAAACUUGUAUACAUAUUUUAUUCUGCUUAACCAAAUCGGACAAAUCUUAUGAAUAUUCGUAUAAUUUCGUAACAACAGUCAAAACCUAAUGGAUCAUUGAAGUCAGAUAUUCGUGUAUUAUAUACAUAAUGAUAGAUGUGGUUUACGGGCCGGACCGUGCAAUAAUAGAGACACAAAAUGUGGAUCUUGUACAUAAAUAGUAGUUAGUACCAGUACUAGAUCGAUCUUAUGUUGAGUUUUAUAAAAUAUUUCAUUUAAUUAUCAUAUGUGGUCAAGUAUUUCAUUCAUUUAUUCAUUCAUUUAUUCAUUCUUUCAUUCAUUAAGUCGUAAUUUCAUUCAUUCAUUCAUUCAUUCUCACUGUCGUGUAACAGCACAUUUUGCUGUGCAGCGUGAGGAUCAUUCAUUCAUCCAUCCAUCCAUCCAUCCAUCCAUCCAUUCAUUCAUUCAUUCAUUCAUUCAUUCAUUCUCACUGUCUUGUAACAGCACAUUUUGUUGUGUAGCGUGAGAUUCAUUCAUUCAUUCAUUCAUUCAUUCAUUCAUUCUCACUGUCAUGUAACAGCACUUGCUGUGCAGUGUGAGGAGCGAAUCUCUGUGGCAUGGACUCGUCAGCACGGUGGUGCUGUCCCCAUUUUAGGGUAUAUCAUUUUUUACUUUGAAAAAUUAUUACUUAUUAUUAUUCCUAAAAAUGUUUUGGUUUCUAUGUUUUGUCUAGAAAAAAUGACAAGUGUACAAGCGCUUGACUUGUUUUGUACCGUGAAGUUUUGUGUAGACGAGGUAUAGCUCUAAAUGUAUAUAGAAAUGAAAUGUUUCAUAUUUAUUUAUUUAUUGAUUUAUUUAUCAAUUCGUCUGUUUAUUUAUUUGAUUUCAGUAUUUAUUUGAUAUGUGUCAAUAUUGGAGGACGCAUCUGUCUCAAUGAGAAAAAUAUCAGAUAUGAUACAUUUAUAUUUUUGUAUAUAGUUCGUCAGUUUCCCUUCACGGACGUUGAAUUCCACAAUUUUCACGGAUUCAGAAAUCGGACAUGUAAAUAACUAUUUAUUCUAUAUUUCAAUUGUACCUCUUUGGAUAUAUUGUUCUAAAACAAAAAACAGUCAACAGAACUAUUUGAAAAUAGGCGAAGCAUGUGGGUGUAUACACGUUUUCUUUCUGCCAAAAAGUGUUAUGAAUAUUUAACAGUGACAAAAUCAGAUUAAUGUUUUCAUUCUGACAGCUUUUUCAUAUUUCUUAAUCGAUACAAACUCAUUUUGUAGAAACUCAUUUUGUAGAAAUCUUUCCAUUUUAACUUUUUUUUGGAUUCUACAUACUUUUCUAGUGAUCUUUUAAUAAUGAAAGAAAAAGUGCUGUACGUUUGUAUUAAUGCUGUUUGAACUUUUUUUAUACAAAUUUUCCUGAAUGUGAGGUGUUUUCCAACUUUUGUAAUAUUUUAUACUUAAUACUGGGAAUAUAUGGUCAGUCGUAUGAAAACGUUGAUAGCAUGCAUGUGUAUGUGAGAUUUGUGACUUAGUAUGCUAGAAAUGUCAUUUGUAUGUAAGAUUCAGAUUUUAUAUGUAAGAUAUGUGUAGGUAAGGUAUGUGGCUUUGUGUGCUAGUAUAUGUUUACUUGUUGCUUGUGAAAAUGAACAAGUUAUAUGUAUUUCUUACCUUCGCGAGUAAAUGAACAAAAUAAAUAUUGAUUUUCUA